UAACUUCUUUUUCUCCUUCACUUAAACACACACACACACUCUCUCUCUCUCCUUCGCUUGACUUUUGUGGUCAGUGAGAGAAUCAUAAAUACAUAUAGCCGCCGGAGAAAAUGGGAAGAGCGCCGUGUUGCGAGAAGGUGGGGAUAAAGAGAGGGCGGUGGACGGCGGAGGAAGAUCAGAUUCUCUCCAGCUACAUUCAGUCCAACGGUGAAGGCUCUUGGAGAUCUCUCCCCAAAAAUGCAGGCUUAAAAAGGUGUGGAAAGAGUUGUAGAUUGAGAUGGAUAAAUUAUCUUAGAUCUGACCUCAAGCGUGGGAACAUUACUCCUGAAGAAGAAGAAAUCGUUGUUAAAUUGCAUUCCACUUUCGGAAACAGGUGGUCACUAAUUGCGAGUCAUCUACCAGGGAGAACAGACAACGAAAUAAAAAAUUAUUGGAACUCUCAUCUCAGCCGUAAACUCCACAACUUCAUCAGAAAGCCGUCGUCGAUCUCUCACGACGUCGCCGUCGUAAUCAUGAGCGCUCCUCCAGCGUCUCCGCCGGCAAAACGCAGACCAGGGAGAACCAGCAGAUCCGCCAUGAAACCCAAAACUCACUACCCCAAAACUCGAAAGUCAAAGAAAACGUCUGCACCGCCGACGGAGACAAACGCAGACGUAGCGGUUAAAGCGGUGGCGGGAGAAGAAGCAUUAAUGAUGGAGUUAAGUGGAGCCGAGAUCGACGACUACUAUGGAGCCUGUCAUGAAAGAGGAGAGUGUUGCAAUAAUAAUAAUAAUGAUAAGAAUAAUCUUAUGAUCAGCAUUGAUGGGGACAAUGGAGUUUUAUCCUUUGAUGAAGACAUCGCUGAUCUUUUGUUGGACGAGUCAGAUCCAGGCCACGUGUUCACAUCAUUUGGUGGUGAUCAUGCAAAGUCAAAUCAUUUAGGAGACUCUGAUGGAGCCAGAGGGUUCUCGGAGAAUCUCGACUGUCUUCAGUCUUGUCCGUCGGUGGAGUCGUUUCUCAACUGCGAGCACCAAGUCAACGAUGCGUUGACGGAUGAGUUUAUUGAUUGGGAUUGUGUUUGGCAACAAGGUCAUCAUAAUAAAAACCUUUGGGAUGAGAAUGAGGGUUCUGAUUCAAUGGUCUCGUGGCUUCUUGACGGUGAUGAUGAGGCCACCAUCGGGAAAAGUAACUGCGAGAACUUUGGAGAACCGUUGGAUCAUGACGAGGAAAAUGCUUUGGUCGCUUGGCUUCUGUCUUGAUGAAGAUGUUAAUCAUCUCUGUUAAUUAAAGUUUCUAGUGUCUUUUUGUAGUUUCAGUUUGAAUCCAUUCCAUGUGGUAUGUGGUGUCAAUGUGUCAUCGACUUAUGCUUUCUCUAAUUGUUG